AUGCCUGGGUGUUCUGUAACAGAGUGUCUGUCGUACAGCCGAAAGACAAAAGGCACGGAUAUAAUUUAUCAUUCGUUCCCAAAAGUCGUUAAAGUGCAGAAGGCCUGGAUAAUGAAGUGCCACCGAAAAGAUCGCUUCAUUGUUGCGACGUCAACUGUUCGUUUGUUGCAUUUCACAUCCGAUGAUUAUCUACGUGACUUGCGAGCAGAACUUCUCAAUCUACCGCCGAAGAAAACACUUAAACCAGACGCAGUGCAGAGUGUAAAUAUACCAGAAAGUGUUCCCAGUGUUAGUGGAAAUUCAGGCCCUGAUGACACAGUUUCUCCGAAUAGGGCAGACAGGUUACGGGCAAGAAAGACAAUGAAAAAUGCAAUUGAGCACCUGGCUAGUGUGUCUCCCAAAAAAAGAAAAAUAUACCAGUCAACGGCGACAGAUGACUGUGACACUGAUAGUAAACAGAUCAGCGAACUCUGUAAACGUGUAGAUGAAUUAGAAUACAGAAACCACAGACUGACAGCUAUAUGUGCAAACCUCAAGUGUAGUGAGAAGUGUUUGAAACUCAAAGUGAAAGCUUGUGGUGAUAAAAUAAAAUAUCAACAAAAGUGUAAAAAGAAACAAGUGCAGGAGAAAGUGACUCAAAUAUUAGGCAAAUUGUUUCAAAAACACAGAUAA